AGGGAGAUCGGUAACAAAGGUCUCCGUGGAAGUACAUUACACCGUAUUAUAGAUGUAUCGUAGGAACCAAUCGAUCGUCACCGUCGUCGUCACCAUCGUGACAUUGGCACCUAAGGCGGCCGCUUCAUCAAAAGGGGCGACGAGGAUAGGCGACCCACCGGUCAUCUCCCCUCUUUCCCUCUGUUACUCGCCUUAACCCUAGCCCUAGCCUCGGAUUCUCCCCCACGUGUCCCCAGUUCUCCAUCUUGAGCUACUUCGGCGGCCCUAAAGAUCCCAAUAUUAUAUCUCUAUCGUCCUUCGAUGUUCGUCUGGGGUUUCCGUUCCGCUUCUGGGUAGGAAGGCGAACGGGUUGAGUAGUUUGAUCUGUUGAAUCUGAUGGAGGGCUUGGGGGGACUGGGAUUCAGUGGUACAAACGCAGUGAUGAAGAAGCCGAGGAGUGCCACCCUGAGACGACCUCGGCCCGAGGCACAGCUGGUUUCAGAAUCUUGUGACAUCUCACCCCUAUCUUCUACUCCAUCCUUGAAUAAUUCAAGGAAGUUCUCUCCUGAUGAUGAUGGAGGUAGUGAAUCCAGCGUCCGAAGGAAAGAAUUUUAUCUUAACAACCCUCCUCCAAAGAGUUCAUCUAUUAAUAUAGCUUCUUCGAAGAAAACCAAGAAAGUCGAUAAGGUAUUUGGAGAAGUUGAUGGGGGAUAUCAUGGAGUUAGCAGUUCGCGAGGCGGACAUAGGUCUGACAUGAAACGUUGCAGUGAAGGUGUUCUUGCCCCAGCUAAGUGGAAAAAUACGGACAGGGUCAAAGAAGACAAUGAGAAACACUCAAUAUCCCCAGAUGCAAACGUUCGAAAGAGUGAUGGGAGUUAUAAUGUGGAUCAGUCAGAAGGGAUCUCUAAUGUUAUUGCUGAAAACAAGCCUAGGAAGGUGAAACUCAAGGUUGGUGGAGUCACACGCACAAUACUGGAGACAGGUGAUGAUGGAUCUUCUGCAAAACCUCCACGUUCCUUGGAUUCCUCUCGGCAUCGUCUAAAGCUCAUUGCCCGGUUGCAGGAUUACUCUGAUGGUCACUCCCUGCCCGAAAGGGGGAAUGGCUCACAAGGAGAUCAGGGGAAGCAAUUGAGUGGAUCGAGCUUUAUUCAUGGGAUGGAGGAGGCUUCUACGGCAACAGUUGCUGAAGCAAGCUUAGUUGGAAAGCAAACAGACAAACUGCAUAUGCUACCCUCUUCUGCGCCUACUCGUAAGAGUAAGAGGGUCCCAAAGAGGCGUAUGUUUGAUGAUGAUGAGGAGGAUGAAGAGAUUCGUUACCUUGAGAAACUUAAAUCUUCUAAGGUUUCUGCAGAUGAUUCAGCAGGAAAUGAUGGUAGCAGCGAGAAUAUCAUUCAGAAAAAGAAAUUACUCAAGAUUCCUAGAAAUAGAAAUACUGCUUUUGAGGUGGAUGAGGACUAUACAUCUUCUCGAUCAAGUAAAGAUAAUAGAAGGAAGUUGAGGCCAGGAAGGGAAUCUGAUGAUACAGACUAUGUCGAAGAGGAAGAACCUGGUUCCGAUGGUGAGACAGAGAUCAAGAGAAGGAAACAGAAGGAAACUAGUGGGUCACCAGCUGACGUUAGAACCGAACCUCUUACUACACGACAGCGGGCACUUCAAUCAGGAAAAGCUGGCAAUGGUGAAAGUUUUGUCGAGUUCCCAAAUGGGUUGCCACCUGCACCUUCUAGAAAACAAAAGGAGAAGCUAUCUGAAGUGGAGAUACAAGCAAAAAAAGCAGAAGCUGCUCAAAGACGGAAAAUGCAAGUAGAGAAGCAAGCCAGAGAAUCUGAGGCUGAGGCUAUAAGGAAAAUAUUAGGCCAAGAUUCUGACAAGAAAAAGGAAGAAAAGAAGCAGAAAGAACUUGAAGAAAAGGCAAGGUUUGCUAAGUCACAAGCAUUAGGUCCAAGCACCAUUAGAUGUGUCAUUGGACCUGGUGGCACAGUCGUAACAUUUGCUGAUGAUGUAGGCCUUCCAAGUAUAUUCAACUCCAGGCCUUGCAGUUACCCUCCUCCACGAGAGAAAUGUGCUGCCCCGUCAUGUUCAAAUGCAUACAAGUAUCGGGAUUCCAAGACUAAGCUUCCCUUGUGUAGUCUACAGUGCUAUAGAGAAGUCAAAGGAAGUGCUGAGUCAACGAUAACUUGUUAAUAUUUCUAUACUUGAAUAUAUGUGAUUCUACAGGAGCAAGGUUAUUCUCAAGAUGUAUCUACCUGAUAUGGUGAAGAGGACAGUUUUGGCCAGCAAAUCAAUUUGUUAUGCUAAAUAGUCUUGUUUCUGCACUGGCGAGCGGAUAAGUUGAAAAUACACACAAAUCCAAUUUUUUUUGCCCGUGCAAGUUAUUAAGAUCAUUCUUUUCAGUAA